AUGGAUUUCAACCUGCUGGCAGACGCGGAGGCUCGCAGCCCAGCCUUGUCUCUCUCGGACUCUGGAACCCCUCAACACGAGCACAGCUGCAAAGGGCAGGACCACAGUGACACCGAGAAGUCCCAGCAAAACCAAACGGACGACUCCAACCCUGAAGACGGCUCACUCAAGAAGAAGCAGCGGAGGCAGAGGACACACUUCACCAGCCAGCAGCUCCAGGAGCUGGAAGCCACUUUCCAGAGAAACCGUUACCCAGACAUGAGCACCAGGGAGGAGAUUGCAGUCUGGACAAACUUGACGGAGGCACGAGUCCGGGUCUGGUUCAAAAACCGCAGAGCUAAGUGGAGGAAACGGGAGAGGAACCAACAGGCCGAACUGUGCAAGAACAGCUUUGGAGCCCAGUUCAACGGACUGAUGCAGCCUUAUGAUGACAUGUAUUCCAGCUAUUCCUACAACAACUGGGCCACCAAGGGCCUUGCCACCAGUCCACUUUCGGCCAAGAGCUUCCCGUUCUUCAACUCCAUGAACGUCAGUCCCCUCUCCUCCCAGCCCAUGUUCUCCCCACCCAGCUCCAUCGCCUCGAUGACCAUGCCUUCAUCUAUGGUCCCUUCAGCAGUGACCGGAGUACCAGCCUCCAGCCUCAACAACCUGGGAAACAUCAACAAUCUGAACAGCCCAAGCCUCAACUCUGCUGUCUCAUCCAGUGCCUGUCCUUACGCCUCAACAGCCAGCCCCUACAUGUACAGGGACACAUGCAACUCCAGCCUGGCCAGCCUGCGGCUGAAGGCCAAGCAGCACGCUAACUUCACCUACCCGGCGGUGCAGACGGCAACUUCCAAUCUGAGCCCUUGCCAGUACGCCGUGGACAGGCCCGUAUGA